AUGAGGCGCAUCAUGAAGCGCGAGGCGCCAGCAGCGAACCAGCCCGCUCCAGAGCAGUCGAACGCAGAUGAGCUUAUGAGUGCCGCUGAAGGACAGGACGAUAUGGAUAAGUCGGAAACGUUCGGCUUCGGUUACCAUCAUUACUAUCCGAGAUACUACGGAGGCUAUCACUACCCGAGCUACCACUACCCGAGUUACCACUAUGGAUACUAUCCUAGCUAUUACAGCUACGGUCACUAUUGUAAUCAUUUGAAGUCCAUAGGGAACAGUUGUCUCUGGAGUCUGCUUGCGACAAUGAACCGUUUGCUUCUGCUGUUGUACUGCUUUUGGCUUUCGAGCAAACUAACACUCCAGCAGCCACUCGAGCAGCCGAUGAUGGCAAUGGUGGAAGCCGAAAAGGGCGAUCGUCCGAUACCGAGAAUCUACAAUACGCCACCGGAACCACCGGUGAAGGUGCUGCGUGAAGCCGGUCCCAUCACGGAACGGGAGAGCAUGAAGCUUGGCGACGGCGCAGGCGACGAUUUGCAGCAGUCAGAAUCAUACACGUACCGGUUCUAUCGUCCACUCUACUACCCCGGCGUCUACUACUCCUACUAUCCACGUUACCGUUGGUAUCGUCCGUACUACUACCACGACUGGUGGUACUACUGAUCGCACGAUGGCUAGCCGUGUUUGAAUUAGCUUUGCUUUUGGUUUCGGAUCAAUGGCACUUUGGAGGCUUGAACCGCAUUAGCUACGCCUAGCACCGCGUCCUCGUGACGCAGAAGAUACUGUCUUUAUAGUCACAAUGCCACUCAGCCAUUAGAACGCUCUCACUGUCACGCUAGAAUGAAUCGAAAUAAAGCCGCAAGAGCACCCGU